AUGGCACCCAACGCUCUCCUAGAGCACGAGCCCAUCACCUGGCCCAUCCGGUCCUUCGUAGUCGACCAUGACUUCACGUCUCCCAGCAACGCCUACCUACUCCUCGACCGCGCCAACGCAGAUUUCGGCCUCUUCUUCCACAUCGCAGCUGGAGUCGGUACGAUGGCGCAGCUCCCCGAUGAUGAGCCCGUGUACUUCGAAGUCUCGCGGUGUCGUGCAGCAUGCUCCCGACCCGGUCUGAGCUGCAGGAAGGUCUGCGUCCUGAUGCAGCACACGCAGAUCGAUCUGGAGUUCUCUACUGCAGAUCAUGCGAGCAACUUCAUGCAGAGUUUGGGACGGCUGGCGACCAAGGUUAGGAAUAUGGAGUUUGAGGUGUUUGAGGCGCCGUCGCUGAGUGCGCUCAAUCGGUUGGACUAUAGCAUCGAGAAGAUGUGUAAUAUGUCUAAGAGGUGCCAGGCGUCGAUGAGAGCUGGCGAUGCUGAUACGUUUGACUGGGCGAAGUAA